CCAAAAAAGGUCUAUAUAAAUAGGGCAUUGUUUUACUAGCAGCCCUUUGUUUAUUCGUUGGUUAUAGUAGAAUAUGUCGUUAGUUUACAGCAAACAACCCAAACGUGGAAACUUGAAAUGGCAACACACCCCCUGAAGGGAAGGACACCUAUAGUCUCUAGCAUUUCUCUCUCUCUGUUGAAAGUUUUACGGGAUCUUUGACUGCCCACGUUGUCUAUUUCUGAUAAGGCCUUAAUGACAUGAUCUUGUGGUGAAAUCCUGGAUUACAUUACAUAUCAGAAUCAAUUGGAUCCAAAGGAACCUGCUGUAAUCGCAAAUCCAUCACCAGGGUGUAAUGGGACAUUGUUGGUCCACGGUCUGCGUUUGUUGUAAUAAGUGUCACAGAGGUGAUGAAGAAAGUGUUCAUCAAGAGAAUUAUCGUAAAGAAUUUGCCAGUAGAAAUGUUCACCUUCUUACCACUAUGGAAAAAUGGAAUGAAAAAAUAUCAGAAGCAAGUAGGGAUGGGAAGAUUGCGGUCGUAAAUUUCAGUGCAUUGUGGUGUGCACCAUGUAAAACAACUGCACAAGCCUUCUGCGAGCUUGCAGAUAAAUAUUCCUCCGUCAUAUUUCUAACAGUUGAUGUUGAUGAGCUUGCAGAACUGAGUACUUCAUGGGAAAUUAAAGCAACUCCAACAUUCCUCUUCCUUAAAGAUGGGCGACAAGUUGACAAACUUGUUGGAGGAAACAUGGCGGAGCUCCAGAGGAAAACUGCUGCUAUUGUCAAUCUUGAGUCUAGGUCACGUAAUUGACUCUUACUCCUGAAAACUGGCUUAUUUUCCAUUCCAUUCUCCAAUCAGAAUUUCUGUUACCAUGUAGUAGUGUCAGCAACCACUGCCAGGUACUGGUAUAUCAAUUUUUGAAAAAUCUGAUAUUUGCACGUGAGAUAUGAGAUCAUUGUUUUUUCAGACAAAAGUGAAAAACUUUGUACUCAAUAGGGCGUUUAGAGCAGCAAAAAAAAACAAAGAAAAUUUGCAAAAUUCUUGAUGGAUAUUGCUGUGCAUCCUGACUGUACCAGUGGUUUUGUCAGAAAUUGAGAGAAUAAGGGAUGCAUGAUGGAAAGAAUCUUUCUUAUACUACUCUCAUAUGAGGGGAAGUCUCAUGGAUCUGAGAGUGCUCAUGGACUUGGAUUGCAUUA